CCUCACUUCCUCACCAUGUCCUCUCGUCUCGUCUCCUCUCUCUCCUCCCUCCUCCCCUCCUCUCUCGUCCUCUUCUUCUUCGUUGGUGCAGCCUUCCUCCUCCUCCUCUUCCUCCUCGUUCGCCCCCCGGCUCGUGGCUCUCUCCCCUCUCUCCCCUCUCUCCCCCUGCUGGGCAGCCUCCCCUGGAUGGGAGGAGGUCUCCCCCCCCACCUGCUCUUCACUCAGCUGGGACACAGGUACGGCCCUGUGUUCUCGCUGCUCCUCGGCCCUCACCUCUCGGUGGUCUUAAACCGGCACCAGGAGGCCAGAGAGGUCCUGCUGCAGCGCGGGAAAGAGUUCGCCGGGAGACCCUUCAUGGUGACCACGGACCUGCUGACCCGGGGGGGGAAAGACAUCGCCUUCUCAGACUUCUCUCCUCUCUGGAAGAUGCACCGCCGCCUCGUCCACGACUCCUUCACUCUGUUCGGGGAGGGCAGCGGACGCCUGCAGGACAUCGUCCGGUCCUCGGUGGACGACCUGUGUUUGGAGCUGUUGUCAGGAGGGGGGCGGGGCUUCGACCCGUCGCCCGCGGUAACGAGAGCUGUCACUAACGUGGUGUGCACGCUGGUGUUCAGCUCAACGUAUCGUCACGGCGACGCCGAGCUGCAGGAAGUCAUGCGGUACAACGACGGCAUCGUGGAGACCAUCGUCGGGGGCGGGCUGCUCGACAUCUACCCCUGGAUCAAGGUGUUUCCCAACAGGUGUCUCAGGAAACUGAAGGACUGCAUCGCCGUCAGAGACCGGCUGCUGUCCCGCAAACUGGAGGAGCACAAGGCGUCCCUGAGUGACGGCCCCCCCCGGGACUUGCUGGAUGCCUUGCUGCAGGGUCAGGGUCAGGGGGCGGGGCUUCAGGAGGGGAGUGGCAUCACAGACGAUCACGUCCUGAUGACGGCAGCGGAGGCUUUCGGGGCCGGCGUGGAAACCACAUCCACCACGCUGCUAUGGAUCCUGGCGUAUCUGCUGCACCACCCUCAGGUGCAGCGCAGGGUACAAGCGGAGCUGGACGAACAGGUGGGCGAGCGUCCGGUGUGUGUGUCGGACCGAGUCCGGCUGCCGUACCUGGAGUGUGUGAUCAACGAGGGCAUGAGGAUCAGACCGGUCAGUCCAGUGCUGAUCCCGCACACCGCCAUGACGGACAGCAGUAUUGGAGGUCACCCGGUCAGACGUGGGACACGAGUUUUGGUGAACAUGUGGGCGAUUCACCACGACCCGGAACACUGGGACAAACCAGACCUCUUUAACCCAGACCGUUUCCUUGACGACCGGGGUCACCGGGUGACGCCCCCCUGCUUCAUGCCGUUUGGGGCGGGGCCGCGAGUCUGCGUCGGCGAAUCACUGGCCAGGCUGGAGCUGUUCCUCUUCGUGUCUUCUCUGCUCCAGCGAAUGAACUUCAAGCUGCCGGACGGGGCUUCCCCGCCCAACCUGCAGGGGCGACUGGGCGUCGUCCUUCAGCCGCUGCCUUAUAAGGUCGUGGUCACUCCCAGGGAGGGGUGGGAGGGUGGGGCUUAG